UUCCUUUACAUAUGUUGCUGAUGCGCUUGCAAAACAAUAAAUUGUUUAUAGGUUGUUUGAAUUUUAAUCAGACCUAAAUUUGGUUCAUUCUUAUUUGGCAUUAUGACGCUUCAGUGCCGGACCUGUGCAAGCGUCAUCUAUAAUACAAAAGCCAGGAAUCUCUUUCACAUCGAGAACGCAAAGAUGCUGCUAAACAUAAGUCUUAUUACUGGUGCCAUGCUCCGAAAUGAUCCAAAGCUACCUAGUUGCAUAUGUGCGUGUUGUAUGCUCGACUUGAACCAGGCGAUUGUGUUCAGAGAACGGUGCAUCCAAACACAGCAGAAUCUCGUACAGCAACGGAUGACCUCGGAAAAUGAAGGUCAAGAUCUCGGCACAGACUGUGAGGACGAAGAGGAUGUUGGAGUUAAAGAAGACGCUGAGGUGGUCCAGAUGGCCUUACCUGAUGAGUUGGAGGAUUCGUUCCAGGAAGAAGAUGAAUACUUUGAAGAAUAUCCAGAUAUCGAAGGAGAGGAGGGGAUGAGUCAUGUUGAAGUAGGUGAGGAGGUGGCUCAAGAUGCUGACUCUCUCAUAUCAAGUCUCCAGAAAGAAUUUGAAAGCAUUUACAGCGACGAAAGUACCACGGACAACAAUAUAUUUGUUGAGAACCAAAAAAAUAUCUACUACAAUGAGCUUGAGGAUGAGAGUUGCGGAUCCUCACCAGGAUCGCCGCAGCCCGCAUUGAAGCAAAAACGAAGACAGCCGAGAGAAAAUAGUGUCAUAUCGGAGACAACACACACAAAACCCAAGAGAAAGAAACAGUACGUUACUUGGAAAAACAUGACUGAGGAGCAAAUGGUGGAACGAAAGCGACAGCAGCGGAAACGCGACUGUGUUUGCGAACAGUGCGGCCGGCAUUUCACCGAUCCAAGCAAUUUCAAACUGCACAUGUUGCGACACACGGGCAUGAAGAAUUUUGCCUGCCCGGAGUGCGGAAAGCGGUUUUACACCGACCAUCUCAUGUCCCUGCAUCAGCGGAUUGUUCACCGAGGAGAAAAACCUUACUCCUGUCGGUACUGCUCCAAGUCCUUCCACAACAGCACCACCCGAGUCAUCCAUGAAAGGGUGCAUACCAAUGCCAAACCAUACACCUGUCACCAUUGCGAGAAAAGCUUCAGCUCAACUUCUGGUCGAAAGCGGCACGAACUUAUUCACACAGGUUUAAGGGCCUUUUCUUGCACAAUAUGCGAACAAACAUUUCAACGCAACACCCAUCUCAAGGCCCAUCUGAGAUCAAGGUUUCACAUUGUGAAAGCGAGAAAUAAUGGCGUACAACCGACAUUAGAAUGAAUGCACUACAAAAAUGUGUAAUAAAUAUUAGUUCUUAAAAAUA